AUGGAGGACGCUCUCGUGCGAGAGCGGGCUGCUCGUCGCCACACGCUGACUGGGAUUGAGAACCUGAUCAAGAAAACUCAGAGUCAUCAUGUUGAAUCCUCCGACCUGAAGGUGGCUGGUAUCUGCCGCCUCUCGUUAUCCCUUGAGGAGAAUACCCAACAUUAUCCACGCUUCUUCAAGCCAUACCAAGAAGAACUGCCUCUCCCGCAGAAGGAGGAGGAGAACAAACUGCUGGAAUUUGAUCCAGAUCCAGAUCACAUCAUGUGGGAUACUCGCGAGAUGAAAAUCUUUCUUACCCAACAGUUUCGUGAGUGCUGGAAAUAUGCAUCGCGGGAGCACCCCCAUAACCCCCCGCCCUCUGGUGUAUAUCGAGAAAUUGGAGAUUACAAAUUUGGCCAAUUACUGGAGUGUAUAGGGUUCAACUGGUAUGCUGUAUCAGUAACUGAUUAUCCAGCGAGAAAUUAUCCACACUUCAAGGUCGUCCUAGAAAGUGAAGUGAUCGCGGACGAUCGACUGCUUCGUGGGGAAAUCAUCACCAUCACCGACAUCAUGGCUGCUCGUUUGAGGACCAAAUCGCUGCAUCAGCAUAUUAUUGCCCCAAUGAUGGUCUUGUCUCUCAUGGGUCCUCGUCAUGCUCGCGUCCUAGAGGCUGAUCUUGACGGAGAGAUUCUCAACAUUCGGGUCUCUAAGCUGUACAAUUUCACGCAAAGGAACACGGAUGCUGUGCAAUUGCUGACGCGGUAUGGGCUUGGUGAUGCGUGUGGUCAGACUAUAAUGAAACCCUCCUAG